GGCUCUGUGGACGGCGGGACACUUGCUGUUUUUGGCAGAACCAGAGCACGAGGAGAGGAGAAAUCCCGGGUGGACAGACAAAACUAGCAGACCCGCAUUUCCCACAGCUCCAACAUGGCCUCAAAGUGCCCCAAGUGCGACAAGACGGUGUAUUUCGCUGAGAAGGUGUCAUCGCUUGGGAAGGACUGGCACAAACUGUGCCUCAAAUGUGACCGCUGCAACAAGCUUCUGAAUGCAGGAGGCCACGCAGAGCACGAUGGAAGGCCCUACUGCCACAAACCAUGCUAUGCUGCCCUCUUUGGGCCAAAAGGUGUUAACAUUGGGGGAGCAGGUUCUUAUGUGUACGAUGCUCCAGCCAACAACAACACUGGCGGGGAUUCGGCCUCUAAAGUUGAAGAGAAGCGUGUGUUCGCGCCAAAGGCGCCAUCAAAAGCUGGCAGCAUUACCACUUUCUCCGGCGAGGCCAACCUUUGUCCCCGAUGCAACAAGAAGGUGUACUUUGCCGAGAAGGUGACCUCCCUGGGGAAGGACUGGCACCGGCCCUGUCUGCGCUGUGAGAGGUGCAGCAAGACUCUGGCUCCUGGCAGCCACGCAGAGCAUGACGGCCAGCCCUACUGCCACAAACCCUGCUACGCCGUCCUCUUUGGACCCAAAGGCGUCAACACUGGCGGCGUGGGCAGCUACAUCUAUGACAAGGAGCCCAGUGCAGUGACCCAGCCUUGAACCUUUUGUCCCCCACACCCACCUCAGCCUCACCCUCCUCUUCUCUACAUUACACUGACCAACACCCACAGUAUUAUGUGCUGAUGUUUUUUUUUUCCCCUCCCUACUCGUUUGUUCAUACCUGAGGCAGCCGUCGGUCGGCUGCGACUCCCUUUCCCAGGAUCAAAUAAAGCAGCACGGAGGAAAAUUAACUGCACUCAAAUGCAGAAAGGAGCACAGACACGUCAAAGUAUCUCAUAUAAUGCACAUUAAAAAAAAAAAAAUCUGACGAAGGAUAUUUUGUCGAGUUUCUAGUGGAAGUAUCUUAGUACAUUUGAAAUAAGACUGAGCUAAUUUACAAGUAGCUUUUCAGCAAGAUGUAAUAGCUUAUUUUGAGUCAAUAAUUCUAUAUAUUUGAUUUUAAAAAGUACUAGUUCCACUUGCAAAUUAUUUCAUUUAUAACAUAUGGAAAAAUGUCUUGUUAUAGUGAAAAAAUUUGCUAGUGAAUUUAUUUAUUUUCUAUCAAUGUUAGGGAACUAUUUACUGACAACAAGUUCCUGUAUCUUGGUCAAAAGUUACUAAUAGGUUAGUUGUGCCUUUUUAAAGUGUACUAAGAUAUUUGCACCAGAAACUAAAACUUUAUGUUGCUUUCAGUGUGCUUUUUUUUUUCAUUUUUCUUCACAAAAGCUAAAGCUGUUGCCACGUUUACACUGUAACACGGUUUCACAACGGGAGACUUCAGGUCUCUCCGUCUCACAUAUUUCAGCCAGCAAAAGUUAAUUGAAUCUGUCCUCCGGGUUAUUUAGGGAUAUAUAUGCGAGGAAAUAAAAAUCUGACCGCCAGGGAUUCUCAGGUGCUGCUUUGCUGCCGCCUGACGACAGACAGAGAAAUUCAACCUCGGAGGCCGUUUGCACGCACAGAUGGUCUUGAGGAAUGGAGCGCCGUGCCAAUAAUUCUCUUUAUUUUACAAACGCCAUAUUCGUAGUUUGGCUGUGUGACAAUGUUGCUGCUGCGAGAGGGAAGAAAUCUGAGCGCGUUAUGCAAAGGUGGAGGAAAAGCAUUACAAACGUGACCCUUACAUAUACUCUAAAACAUCAGUUUGAUUUGACUUUCACAUGUGAGAAUAAUGCAAACAAAACAAAACAAAAAGAAGUUUGGAAUACAGUGCCUGCUGCGUUACAAUCAUAAGGUUUAUUGUUGUCAAUAAUAGUAAAUGGUAAUUGUUUUGAACAUUUUACAAAUUGGAAAAAAAUGUGACAUACAUUGGUGUUUUCAUCUCCCCUGGAGCAAUGUUGUUCUCUUGAGUUGUGUUUUAUAAGUGACCUAUCAAAGGUGGCUCGUUGACUCUGAUUUUAUUUAGUUGUGCUAAAAGUUAAAGGGCCUCGCUGCAAAUGCACCGAAUUCUGGCGAUUUGUAAGAUAAGAGUUUCAAAACCCAUUUUCUUUUGAGCACGCCUUGGUUUGUCAGAUAAAAACCCGAUUGAAGUUUGUGCUGAUGGCAUAAGCGAGCAGUUGGAUUCUUUCACAAGGCGCCGCAAACUUGUAAGCUCAGCAGGGCGAACAUGCCCCCCCAGAGCCCGCCCAUCCACUACAUGUUAAAUGUUUUGGGGUUUUUAUUUUCCUAAAAUUUAUGAUGUGGGUGAAGUUCGGAGGAGGUUGGGUUGUGGGUAUUUAUUGCUUUAGCUGAAGUCCUUUAAAUUUCAGCCAUCGUACUGCUAGCUUCCGUUCGGAAGAACACAUCAUGAAGAUGAUUAAACAAAGCAAUGCCUGCUGUACAAACUCUUUAAUGAUCAAGAUUUAUUUUUAUUCUUUUGAAAAAAAAAAGUGACCCUGCUGUUGUUUUCCAGGAUAUGAUGCUCUAUUUUAAGUUUUUUUUUUGCCUUUAGCCAACAUGUUAGCUUAGCUUGUAGACGUAUGGACAAAUCAUUCUGUAAGAAUGUGCAUUUUAGUAUUAAUGUAUGAUCGUCACUGUUUGUUGUGCAUCGUAGGGCUUCAUAGACACUCACCGGGCGACGGCCUUUGUGUUUUUAUUUUUUGUUUCAUUGUAUUUUAUUUCAGGAGCUCCAUUUCUGUGUUAUCAAAGACGUUUGACUAAUUCUGUUACUUUUUUCUUUUCAUAAACUGCAAUAAACGAACACUAAACUCGC